AUGAACAUCUACUUUAUAUGGUAUCUCGGAGUCGGCUUUAACACUCAGCAUGAGUUGCUCAUUCGCCACUCCCAUCAUUCCGCUUCUUAUCUCCCCCUCCAACCUCCACCCACACAACUCUUAAUCGCAAUCAUGCAGAUCUUUGUUAAGACCCUCACUGGCAAGACCAUCACCCUCGAAGUCGAGUCGUCCGACACAAUCGACAAUGUCAAAGCCAAGAUUCAAGACAAGGAAGGAAUUCCCCCUGACCAACAGCGUCUGAUCUUCGCUGGAAAGCAGUUGGAAGACGGUCGUACUCUCUCCGACUACAACAUCCAGAAGGAGUCGACCCUUCACCUUGUCUUGCGUCUCCGUGGAGGCAUGCAGAUUUUCGUGAAGACUCUCACCGGGAAGACCAUCACCCUCGAAGUCGAAUCAUCUGACACCAUCGACAAUGUAAAGGCCAAGAUCCAAGACAAGGAGGGUAUCCCACCCGACCAACAGCGUCUCAUCUUUGCUGGCAAGCAACUCGAAGAUGGCCGUACUCUCUCCGACUACAACAUCCAGAAGGAGUCUACCCUUCACCUUGUCCUUCGUCUUCGCGGUGGAAUGCAGAUUUUCGUCAAGACCUUGACCGGCAAAACCAUCACGCUGGAGGUCGAGUCGUCCGACACGAUCGACAACGUCAAGGCGAAAAUCCAAGACAAGGAAGGCAUUCCCCCCGACCAGCAGCGUCUGAUCUUCGCCGGCAAGCAGCUUGAGGAUGGUCGCACUCUUUCGGACUACAACAUUCAGAAGGAAUCUACCCUUCACCUCGUAUUGCGUCUCCGUGGUGGAAUGCAAAUCUUCGUCAAGACUCUGACGGGAAAGACGAUCACCCUCGAAGUCGAGUCUUCUGACACUAUUGAUAACGUGAAGGCGAAGAUUCAGGACAAGGAAGGCAUUCCCCCCGACCAACAGCGUCUCAUUUUCGCUGGCAAGCAGCUGGAAGACGGACGCACUCUUUCUGAUUACAACAUCCAGAAGGAGUCAACUCUCCACCUUGUCCUUCGUCUCCGUGGUGGCGCUGAGUUGUAA